GGACUGGGAGUGUCUACAUGGGCUGCCUUGAGGAUGCGGCUCACCUACCUGGGUCUGGGGCCAUGUAGCGGGUCUGGAAGAACUGUUGGAGGGCUAGGAAGUCUUUUAGGGCCACCCAGGGGGGUGGGAUGUACCCACCAAGGGAGGGAGGCAAAUACUGACGGGUGCUGAGAGGCCUGGAUGGGUCUCUAACGUCUGAGAGUGUCUAAUAUGGGUGACAGGAGGCUGGGGGGCACUUAGAAGGACCUGGAACCAUCUAGGUGGCUUUCAGUGUGACUGCAGGAGUACAGUCUUUAUGCCUGGAGCAAUUCGAAUGCCUUUUGGGGCUGGGUAAUCGCGUGGAGAACAAGACAAAGGAGAGUAUUGGAAAAUUUGCCCAGCUCAAAUGUACUUGCACUUUAUAAUGUAAUUUAAAUGAAAAAUGUUGCUAAAAAUUCUGCAUUGCCCUGGAGCUAUAGAGAGUUGGAAUUAGUCCACAUUAGUCUGGGGAAGUCUGUAGGAUCAUUGAGACUCAUUUAGUGCAAUGCUUUUCAGACUCUUUUGACCUUGAUCUACAGUAAGAAGUGCAUUUUUUGUGUGUGUGUGUUAAGAGCUAGGACAUACUGACAUGUGUAUUUAAUGCCAAAGUCCCAUUAAUUAAUAUUCCCACGUACUACUUGUGAUGCAUCAUGAAGAAUUUUCAACUGUGUUCGAUUUACUUUUAUUUUUUUAUAACAAGCUAAUUGCAAAGCACUGUACUGCUCUCAGACUGUAGUUUGGGGAACACUGAUCUAGAGGGACCUAGCAACGUCUGCAGAACCUUUUCGUGUCAAAAAGAUAUAAAGAACUGUGGAUGUAUCUGCAAAGCCUGGGGCAUGUCUAAAUGGGCAGGGGAGCAUCUUCAUACACCGCGGAGGGCUUGGGGAUCUGUGUGUCUGUCCUCAGCAGGUCUUGACUAAAGCCCCUGUUAUGUGGCAGUCACUGUUCUGCGGAACAUGCGCUUUUCCCAGAGGUGCUGGAGAACUGUCCACGGGGGUUCAACAAGGCGGGACAUGUUAGUGGGAGUUAGUGAAGGAGCCACAGGCUCUUGUCUGGGAGGUUGCCUGUGGGAGCUUGGGCAGAGCUUGGAAAGCUGUGGUAGGAAGGAGACCAGGACCGAUGCAUUUGCUUGGCAGGUGUGCAGCUGGGAGAAUGGGGGAGGUAGAUGUGCGGUAAAUCUGGGCCUUGAAGCUAAUUUUUGUUAUUUUGUAUUGAGCGCUUGGGCUGUGCUAACUCUGUAGCAGAAAGUCCCUUUGCUUUCAGUUCUUACCGCCCUUCUUGGAGGUAGAUGCUCUUGUGGUGCCCGUCUACAGAGAAGCAUAAAGAGUCAGGGGUUUUAAAGCUUUCUGGGAACUCUGGAGACCGGAUAGUGUUUUCACAGUAGCAGAUUGGAUGGUUCUAAGGAAGCUUGCAGCUGGAGUACUCCUACUUUCUGAAGACCUAAUGGGGACACCCACCAGUCUGAAGGAUAAUCUUUCAGCCUCCGAAUGAUCUGAGAAUUUCUGUGACCUCAUGAAGGCUUUAGCCAUGAUCUCCCACAAUGGGCAGAUUGGUGAUAGGUGGAUGUCCUCCGCAUGCCUUUCUGAAAGUAGUGUUUUCGGUCUGGUGUUGGUUUUGUACAUCACUCUUGUAGCUCCAUUUUUUGUGUAUAAACCAGUUUUUUCUUUCUUUUUUUUUUUUUUUUUUUUUUGGUCCCUCACCACCGAGGAGAAUCGUUGCCGCUUUAGGGAGUUGCAUGGUAUCUGAGGUGACCAUGGAGGAAGAAGAUGAGUCUCGAGGGAAGACAGAGGAGUCGGGCGAGGAUCUGGGCGAUGGUCCGCCGGACAGAGACCCCACGCUUUCUCCUUCUGCCUUUAUCCUGCGGGCCAUUCAGCAGGCUGUGGGAAGUUCCCUGCAGGGGGAUCUGCCAAAUGAUAAAGAUGGCUCCCGGUGUCACGGCCUUCGAUGGAGGGGCUGCCGGAGCCCACGGUCAGAACCCCGUUCCCAGGAGUCAGGGGGGACCGACACGGCUACUGUGUUGGACAUGGCCGCAGACAGCUUCCUCGCGGGGCUGGUGAGCGUUCUGGAUCCCCCAGAUACCUGGGUUCCCAGCCACCUGGACCUUCGGCCUGGCGAAAGCGAGGACAUGCUGGAGCUGGUGGCCGAGGUCCGAAUCGGGGACAGGGAUCCCAUCCCUCUGCCGGUGCCUAGCCUGCUGCCCCGUCUCAGGGCCUGGAGGACAGGCAAAACGGUGUCUCCACAGUCUCACUCCUCACGACCCUCCUGUGCCCGUCACCUCCUUACCUUGGGCACUGGAGAUGGGGGCCCUGCCCCACCCCCUGCCCCAUCCUCUGCGUCCUCCUCCCCCUCCCCUUCCCCCUCAUCCUCCUCCCCUUCGCCUCCCCCGCCUCCACCUCCUCCAGCCCCCCCAGCCCCACCUGCCCCCCGAUUCGACAUCUAUGACCCCUUCCACCCCACCGACGAGGCCUAUUCCCCACCACCUGCUCCGGAGCAGAAGUACGACCCCUUCGAGCCCACUGGCUCCAACCCCAGCUCAUCAGCGGGGACUCCUUCACCCGAGGAGGAGGAGGAGGAAGAGGAGGAAGAGGAAGAAGAGGAGGAAGAAGAGGAAGAAGAGGAGGAGGAAGGCUUGUCCCAGAGCAUCAGCCGCAUCUCCGAGACCCUGGCGGGCAUCUAUGAUGACAACAGUCUGAGCCAGGACUUCCCAGGUGAUGAGAGCCCCCGCCCGGACCCCCAGCCCCCACAACCGACUCCGGCCCCUGGAACGCCUCCACAGGUGGACUCCACCCGGGUGGACGGAGCCACCCGCCGUCGCGUCUUCGUGGUGGGGACGGAGGCGGAGGCCUGUCGGGAAGGCAAGGUCUCUGUGGAGGUGGUGACGGCCGGCGGAGCCGCCAUCCCACCAACCCUGCUGCCACCGGGAGACUCCGAGAUCGAGGAGGGCGAGAUCGUCCAGCCGGAGGAGGAGCCCAGGGUGGCAGUCUCCCUCUUCCGGGCCGCCGGCCGGGCGGCGCGACCCCCUCCUGCAGCCUCAGCACCCCCGGCGGCCCAGCCCCCGCCCCCGCCACCUGCCCCCCGCGCCCCCGAGGGGGACGACUUCCUGUCUCUGCACGCCGAGUCAGACGGCGAGGGCGCCCUGCAGGUGGACCUGGGGGAGCCGGCGCCCGCCCCGCCGACCGCGGACACGCGCUGGGGCGGCCUGGACCUGCGCCGCAAGAUCCUGACCCAGCGUCGGGAGCGCUACCGCCAGCGCUCGCCCUCCCCAGCCGCCGCCGCCACCGCCGCCGCCGCCCCCGCGGGCCCCCCCACCCGCAAGAAGUCGAGGCGGGAGCGCAAGCGGAGCGGCGGCGAGGCCAAGGAGGCCGCGUCGUCGUCGUCCAGCGCGCAGCCUGCCCCGCCGGCCCCGGCCUCCCCCUGGGACUCCAAGAAGCACCGCUCCCGGGACCGCAAGCCGGGCUCUCACGCCUCGUCGUCCGCCCGCCGCCGCUCGCGGUCCCGCUCCGCCCGCCGCCGCUCGCGCAGCACCGACCGCCGCCGCGGGGGCAGCCGCAGGUCGCGGUCCCGGGAGAAGCGGCGGCGGCGGCGGCGCUCGGCCUCCCCGCCCCCGGCCACAUCCUCGUCGUCGUCCUCGAGGCGCGAGCGGCACCGUGGCAAGCACCGAGACGGCGGCGGCGGCAAGAAGAAGAAGAAGCGGUCGCGGUCCCGGGGCGAGAAGCGGUCUGGGGACAGCGAGAAGGCCCCGGUGCCCACCCAGCCGCCCUCCGGCUCCAGCUCCCUGGGCGGAGAGCGUGACAGCCGCCGCAGGGGGGCGGUGCCACCUUCCAUCCAGGACCUCACGGACCACGAUCUCUUCGCCAUCAAGCGGACCAUCACCGUGGGCCGGCCGGACAAGUCCGACCCCCGAGGCCCGUCGCCGGCCCCGGCCUCGUCGCCCAAGCGCGAGGUCCUGUACGACUCAGAGGGACUGAGUGCCGAGGAGCGGGGGGGCAAGAGCGGCGAGAAGGACCGGCGCCGCUCCGGGGCCGCCUCCUCCUCCUCUUCCUCCCGGGAGAAGGGAUCACGGCGGAAGGCGCUGGAUGGGGGGGAUCGGGACCGGGACAGGGACAGAGAUAGGGACAGGGACAGGUCAUCCAAGAAGGCUCGGCCUCCCAAGGAGUCAGCGCCCUCCUCGGGGCCUCCGCCAAAGCCACCAGUCAGCAGCGGCUCCGGCUCGUCCUCCUCGUCGUGCUCCUCCUCCUCCCGGAAGGUGAAGCUGCAGUCUAAGGUGGCGGUGCUGAUCCGCGAAGGCGUCAGCAGCACCACGCCGGCCAAGGAGGCCGCAUCCGCUGGCCUGGGCUCCAUCGGAGUCAAGUUCAGCCGCGACCGGGAGAGCCGCUCCCCUUUCCUCAAGCCCGAUGAGCGGGCCCCUGCAGAGGUGGCCAAAGCAGCUCCAGGCAGCACCAAGCCCAAAAAGACCAAGGUCAAGGCCAAGGCUGGGGCCAAGAAAGCCAAGGGGACCAAGGGAAAGACCAAGCCAUCCAAGACCAGGAAAAAGAUCCGCAGCGGGGGCAGCGGUGGGGGCAGCGGCGGCCCUGCGACGCUGAAGAAGUCCAAGGCGGAUAGCUGCAGCCAGGCAGCGGGGGCCAAGGGGGUGGAGGAGACUUCCUGGUCCGGGGAAGAGCGGGCGGCCAAGGCCCCUAGCACCCCGCCCCCUAAGGCAGCCCCUCCCCCCCCUGCACUCACACCGGACUCCCAGACUGUGGACAGCAGCUGCAAGACCCCCGAGGUCUCCUUCCUUCCCGAGGAGGCCGCUGAGGAGGCUGGGGUCCGAGGCGGGGCAGAGGAGGAGGAGGAGGAAGAGGAGGAGGAGGAGGAAGAGGAGGAGGAGGAAGAGCAGCAGCCUGCCACCACCACGGCCACCAGCACGGCCGCAGCUGCCCCGAGCACUGCCCCUAGCGCGGGGUCCACAGCCGGUGACUCAGGGGCAGAGGAUGGGCCGGCUACCCGUGUCUCCCAGCUGCCCACGCUGCCCCCGCCCAUGCCCUGGAACCUGCCUGCUGGUGUGGACUGCACCACCAGCGGUGUCCUGGCCUUGACUGCACUUCUCUUCAAGAUGGAAGAAGCCAAUCUGGCGAGCCGAGCAAAGGCCCAGGAGCUGAUCCAGGCCACCAACCAGAUCCUCAGCCACCGAAAGCCACCCUCCAGUCUGGGGGUGACCCCAGCUCCUGUGCCCACCUCUCUGGGUCUACCCCCUGGCCCUUCCAGCUACCUGCUCCCUGGCAGCCUCCCCCUGGGGGGCUGCGGCUCUACCCCUCCCACCCCCACUGGGCUGGCUGCAGCAUCUGACAAGCGAGAGGGCAGCAGCAGCUCCGAGGGACGUGGGGACACAGACAAGUAUCUGAAGAAGCUGCACACGCAGGAGAGGGCAGUGGAGGAGGUGAAGCUGGCCAUCAAGCCGUACUAUCAGAAGAAGGACAUCACCAAGGAGGAGUACAAGGACAUCCUGAGGAAGGCUGUCCACAAGAUCUGCCACAGCAAAAGCGGGGAGAUCAACCCAGUGAAGGUGAGCAACUUGGUGCGGGCCUACGUCCAACGCUACCGCUACUUCCGCAAGCAUGGCCGCAAGCCGGGGGACCCCCCAGGGCCCCCGCGGCCGCCCAAGGAGCCUGGACCCCCUGACAAGGGUGGCCCAGGCCUGCCCUUGCCCCCUCUCUGAGACCCUCGGCCACCCCUUCCUUCCUUCACCUCUUUGGAAUUCUGGACGUAUUUAUGGCUCCACCUCCCCACUUCCCUCCCCCGCCCCGUCAGUGGGAUGAUUGGGGGAGGGUUGCUGCAGGGAAGAGGAGAGCCCCCUGCCCUGCCCAGCCCUGUGCCCCUUGCCCCCAAGCCUGUCCCCAUCGCCCCUCCCUUCUGUUUGUGCCCCUCCCCCAGUUUCAUUAAAGAUUUCAUGAAAUGUUAGCCCCGA